CUUUUUCAUUUAAACGCGCUUUAGCUUGUUCAGGCAACAGGCCAAAAAAUACUCGAUAUUAAGAAAAUGCAUUUCUCUUCCUCCGUUCUCGCUGCCACCGCCCUUGUCGCCAGCUGUGCUGGUCACGGUAUACUGAACAGCCCGCCGCCGCGUGGAAACAAGAAGUGGUACGGCACGUGCUCGGCGGGUUCCGGCUGCAAGGGCCCGUGCGACAGCGCCAAGGCCGAUGCGCCGUUCAACGACAUUUAUGUGCCAAAGAAGUACAUUAAGCGCGGGUCGGAGCUGACGGUCGGCUGGGACCGACUGAACCACCCAGGUGGAUUCGUGCGUCUGGCUAUGGUUCCUUUCAACCAGUCGGACAGCUGGAGUGCGUUCAACGAGAACGUGCUCAAGUACACCUGCUACGAGACGAACUGCGGACCGUCUGACCCGAACCACAAUUCCUUCGGGCACCUGAACGGCCCUGGCAACGCGCCGUGCAGCACCAAGGUGACAGUGCCAAAGAACAUCCCGGACAACACCGCAGUGACGCUGCAGUGGAUCUGGUAUGGCGGUGGCAUCUACUACGGUGAGAAGGACACGUCCUUUGGCGAGUACUACGGGUGCUCGGAUAUGAUUGUGGCGGGCGGUGAGUUCGCGGACGCCAAGCCCGAGGCCACCUUCCAGGGCGGCGAUGUAACCUACCCGAACACCGAUACCUGCAAGUACUGGGGUUCGAACAAGGUCGGCGACUGCAACUUUGGCGACAGGUACCCGAGCCCCAAGGAGGGUGACCUGCUGUCGCAGUCCCUGGAGCCGUGCAUGCGCGGUCCCGAGAAGCAGGGCAAGCCUGCCGGUAUCUCUGGCUCGUCGCCGGCUUACCCCAUCGUCCCGCAUGCUGCUGCUGUUAAUGCCCCAGUUGCGUCCUCGUCGGCUGCCGCUCCGGCUACCACUGAGGCUGCCCCUGCGUAUUCAUCGGAGGCUGCUUCUGCCUCUUCAUCGAACGCUGCUUCUGCCUCUUCAUCGGAGGCUGCUCCUGCUUAUUCAUCGGAAGCUGCUCCUGCCUCUUCGUCCGAGGCUGCCCCGGCCACUUCUGAGGCUGCUCCCGCUACCUCAGCGUCUGCUCCCGCUGACAACUACUCGACUGUUGCUGGGGAGACCACCUCCGCUCCGGUCUCGCCCGCCACCAGCAACAGCCCCAUUGCCAGCGCCUCGGCCAGCAAGUGCAUUCCUCGCCCGACUGCUGCUUACUAACGAUAUGUAUAACGUC